CCAAUAACCAAGCAACAGGAAAUGAUCACAGGAAGUAUCACAUGUGAGAUCGCAUAGCAAGGUCCUCACUUCAGUCCAUGCUUCUGUAAAAGCAAAAGAUGCCUGAAAAUAUAUAUUGCAAUACUAUUUCGAGGACCAAGACAAAAUCAACAAGUAAUUAUGGACAAAAACAGCAUAUCAGUGAUAAGCGACCUGAUGACUGUAUUGUGGUUCUCCUUGUUCUCCUCAUCCUGUCUCUGGUGGGAAAUGCGGUGCUUGUAUAUUUGUAUUUCAGAAAUGGCAUAGUUGGUUGUGUGCCCGUAACAAACUGCUCAGAGCCAGACAUAGACAUAGAACACGAUGCAUUGAACAUGUGGAUCAAUCCCAAAGAUACAGAAGACUGGACAGCAGCAAAUUACUGUCCAGAAAAAAAUUUCAACGAGACGUGGGUGAAAGACAGGGACAAAGUCUAUGUUUUAUCCAAUGAUACCAUGAACUGGAACAGCAGCAGGGAGCGCUGUCAGGCUCUGGGUGGAGAUCUAGUGAUAAUCAGUAGUAGAGAGGAGCAGAAAUUUAUUGCUGACCGAAUAGGCAGGCAAGCAUUAUAUUGGAUUGGUCUGACCGAUAGCCACAUGGAGGGAACGUGGAUGUGGGUAGACGACACCCCCUUAAAUAAUCUUGGUUCCUUGUGGACAGCUCCUCCUGAUAAUUUUAUAUCACCGGAAUAUCCUGACGGUGAAGAUUGUGUUGUGUUAAAUGGAAGGACCCAAGAUGCAUUAUGGGGGGACGUUUCUUGCUGGAGGAAGGAAAGAAGAAUUUGUGAACUUCUGUGUUCUUAGUAAAUAUUUGAAAUAAGUAUCUGUGUGACUGAUUUUGAUGUGAUUACGCUGUACAGUAUUGCUAAAUGCAAAUUAUGGACGGUGAAAUACUGUCAUUUAAAUACUGAAGAAAUAUUACGUUUUUAUUUAAAUUUUUAAGCUAUUUAGUAAUAGUUUGGAAACAUAUUUAUUAGAAUUUAUAUUAUGACUUUUGCAGAUAGAUUUUAAUAGAUUUGCAAGGACGGGCAGUCCAAUGUUUAAGCAUUUUUCAAACUCCUAUUCACAAAUACAUUCAUACAUUACGUUUAAUUGAGAUUUGUGAGUUAUUAUUACCUAUUGGUGACUUAGUAGGGAUGUGUGAAAAACUAAAGUGGAAACAGAAUAAAAACUGUUUUGCUUUGUUACAAAUUGUGUUUCAUUCCACAACUAUUUUUUUAAUGAUUGAGGUCAUAUGGAUCUUGUUGAGGUGUUUAAGACCCUGUAAGACCC